CGCUGGCUGGGGAUUUAUUGGAGAGCCACGAUGAUAGUUUUGGCAGUCCUAACUUUAGGCCUACUAGUCGUCGCAUCAGUGACAACGGCGAAGACAAUUUUCGAAUGCACACCCGAAUCAAAGACAGCUCUGAAUCUGCCAUUCUUCCUGUGCACUGAAGUGAAUGUUACACGAAACUUGCGUGAGAAUGUGGCACGUAAGAGGACAAUUCCCGUUCGCAUCUUUGUCCAAGCAUUGCAGCCGGAAAGCCUAGAUGAAACAUUGAGGAGACAGACAUCACAACCAGAGCAAGCAUUGAAGAAGCAGAAAAAGUUGAUAAGGAAAAAGAGAGUGACGAAAAGGCGUCCAGGUUAUCCUUAUGGAGGUGGAGGUUUUGGAGGCGGUUUCAGUAUGGCUCAGGCCAACAGUUUUGCAGUCGGGGGCGGCACUGGUCCCUUUGGGGGUGGCGGAGGCGGCGCUAUAGCCACAGCUAAUGCCAAUGCACUGAGUUAUGGUCGUCGUUAAGAAAGAUUAUUCCUAUCUUGACAGAAAUGUGAUUGAUUUUUGUGAGACAUUUCGAACAUCUUAAACAACCGCCUUCGAAAGCUCUUCAUAUCUAGAAAAGGAUAUUAUACAGAGUGGGUCAUAUGUAUGGGAACCCUUCAAUAAAUUGGAGACUAUUGUAGAUAUAAUACUGUAACUUUCAGGAUAAGUUAUUGGACAAAUACUCUACCUUUUGACAUACAACUGAAUUUCAACCCCUCAUAAUGGGAUGACUUAGGGGUUGUAACUCGAAUCCUAUUUUAAGUGUAGAAGUAAUGAAUGUAAAGUUGAGUCUUUAUAGCAUGAAUAUUCAUGCCAAAUUUCAGAUCAAUACAACAUUUCGUUCUUGAGAUAAAAAUUCCCAAGUGAAAAAAACAAAAUGGCAGCUAUAAAGAUAACCGUUGAGUUUCGAACACUUCAAAUACGACAUUUCUAGUAUCCUAUCAUCCAGGAACAAUACCUUAAAAUGUUCGACACUAAUCCUGAAACACCCUGUAUAGAACUCUAUUGGGAGAAAAAUAUUUUAGCGAAUUCGCUAGAGUCUUAUAAUGUUUUUUUGUGGUUCAAUGUUUCCUUCUCAAUGCUACCAUGCAAUAUAUUCUCACUGCACACUGCUUCAUCAUAUUAAAUUCAGUCGCUAUGCUCGUGGGUUGACCAUUAACACUCAGGCAUUCUGCAUGGUGUAAGUUUAAACUGAAAUGAUCAGUUGCUGGUAGUUUGAACAUAGAAUGGAACACAUUAAUUAUUAUAAAUUAUGAAUGAUUCCAUAGAUUGCUCUAAUCUGUCGGAUGUUCGGAUUAAUUUUCAACGUAGGCCUACACUGUGCAAACAAAGGGCGGCCUUUAAUCGACUUUAAAUUCUCCAAUCUUGAAAGCCGUAGACUUUUUGCGCAAUGUUUUAGUAGGCCUACAGUAUUUUUACUUUAUUUAAAAUGUUUAAAUAAUUUGAAUAAAUUUAAUACUCUGCGGGCCGGGUUGGUCUACUAGUCUUAUUUCAGACCAAGCCUUUGUUUUGGUCUGAUCCAAACAAAGUUUGGAUGUUUCUAGGUAAGGAGCGUUACAAACUUCGGUCUGCUGGCACCGCCUAGUUCUUGGGUUCGAAUCCCACCGAUCGUAUGGACGAAUGGAUGGUUUGAUCAUCUCACCAAUUCACCAACGCACUUUCCAUUACCUACGCGCAAGUGAAAAGCUCAUGUGGUCAUCACCCACAAUAAAAUAAAUAUUUCUGUUUAAUAAUUUAUAAAAUACCUUCUUCUAUGAAUAAUAUGAGAUAUUUAUGAUGGCUCUAUAUUGUGAACCAUUCUCUGAAGACUAAUAGCACAUUACUAAAUGAUGUUUAAUAGUAUCAUAGUAAGUUUAUUAUUUUCUAUAUGUUAAUUGUUAUAUGUAUUAUUUAUUAUAUAUUAUGUUUGUCUAUGAAUUUUGUGGGAAUCUGUAUUUUCUUAUUAAAAAUGGCAUUCUCAAUCAGCUAUGCAGUUUUAUACAGUAUUCAAUAUUUGAUUUGACCUGUUUCAACGUAGAUGAUUUACAACCUAUAUAUUAAAUGAUGAUUGUCUAGCAGAUUCAUAAUAAUGUUAUCAAUAGUGUAAGUUAUUAUAGCAAUUACAGAAGCCAACAGUAAAAGGUGGCUACAAAUGCAACGGAUAAUCCAAAGACCUGCCUCAAGGCACUCACUAUAAACGCAAACGCACACAGCAGCAUCAGACAGAUGUAUGCAGAUAGACAGAGGAGGAAUCCCUUCCCAGGAGUUUGAAUGUUGCAAUGCACACAGCCG